AAGUGAGACUAUAAACACUCCUGUGGUUCCCUUCCUGCCUCAAUGGGAACUUUGCAUCAGUUGCCCAGCAUGGGGUUGCACAGCUGUUGGGGUUUUUGCAAUAGCCGGGUGGUCUUCUUGCUUGGCUGCCUGGUAGAGUGUUUGCUCCAUUCUGUGGCUUUAGAUUUUGCAGGUUCGAUAUCUUGCCAUGAUGAUCAAUUCCAAAUCAGGCUUCCUAAGGAAUCUGAAAAUGUAACUUCUUGGCAAGUAGAAAUACUUGGUGCCAAUGGGGAAGAAAUUCAGGACUGUCAGUAUGUUGUGGACCUUGAAAAGCAAACGGUGACUGCCGAGUAUGAGAACUGCACAAGCCUGGAGCAUAACAAGCGCCGCCUGAGAUUUCGGCUGCAGUUCAACGAUACAGCGACACAGGAACUGAAGAACGAAACAUACGACGUUGGCUGUGUUGCCGACCAGGCGGACGAGGCGUCCCUCUCCCAAAGCUUCAACCGUGCUACAAACUGCACCAAAGACUUCAUGGCUGUUACAUUCCCAAGACUCAUUCCCAGCUUCCAUGACGAAUAUACGAUCGCAGGGUCUCGGAUGGAGUGGAUUGUAUCGAUUGACGACGGGACAAAAGAGCACAGCCUAAGCCUUCGGCAAGCCAUACAGCAGGGCUACACUUUUCUUAUGGAUGGCAACCAGAUUAUCAUCAGAGUCCCCUUCAAUGCCAGAGGAGUUGCUACAUACAAGCAAGAUGGCCAUGUCCUGUACACGGUGGCGCUCAAACUUACCUAUGGACCUCCUGAACAACGGCUCACGGUGGAGUCAAGAAUGAUCUGUGCUCCAGGACCAGCAACAUGCAAUUCCACUCAUAUGACAAUCACCAUCCCAGCCUUCCCAGGAAUACUGACAGCUGUCAGUCUGGAUGAUAAGAACAUUCCUCUGAACCAGUUUCAAGCCAGUGGAAUUGGCAUAGACACAAGGAGAGGGCUGCAGCUGUUCAUCAGCAAGAGAGACCUGAAAUCUCAGCUCUACAGAGAUGACGACUGCUCAGGCUUCCGGACAUACUCCUCAGCCUUGAAACUCAAAUUUGAUUACCACGGAGAGAUGGCAACAAUGGUUACUUUCCCAGAAUGUCCUUGUGAGCAAGAUGCACCAAUAGCCGCUAUAUGCACCCAGGAUGGCCACAUGGAGUUUGACGUCCACAGCGACAGCACGAGGCCGGCACUAAACCUGGAUACGCUCAAGCUGAAGGACCCUUCCUGUGGUCCAGUCUUCAGAUCUCCUUCCAACAAUAUGGUUCACUUUCGUGUGCCACUGAAUGGGUGCGGGACCCGGCAGAAGUUUGAAGGUGAGAAGGUUAUAUACGAGAACGAGGUGAGUGCCCUUUGGGUGGAUCUCCCACUGCGCUGGAUCUCCAGAGACAGUGAAUUCAGGCUGACCGUGAUGUGUGCCUAUGGGAGUGAUGAUGCGUCGCUGAAUAUCAAGAUGAGCAGCCUUCCGCCUCCGGAGUCUGUUGUAAACCAAGGUCCGCUCUCUCUGAUCCUCCUCAUCUACCCAGAUGGCUCUUACGCCUACCCUUACAGUGACGACCAGUAUCCCAUUGUAAAAUAUCUGCGGCAGCCCAUUUUCCUGGAAGUGCAGGUGCUCAACCGUAAUGACCCAAAUAUCCACCUGAUGCUGGAUGACUGCUGGGCUUCGCUAUCAGUUGAUCCAUCUUCCUUGCCACGUUGGAACAUUGUGGUCGAUGGGUGCGACUAUGAACUUGACAACUACAAAACGGUGCUCCAUCCUGUGGGCCCCGCCGUUAGCUAUGCCAACUUCCGCCAGAGAUUUGAAGUGAAGGCGUUUGCAUUUGUUUCCAAUGGCAAAGCACUGCCCAGCCUGGUAUACUUCCACUGCAGUGUUCUCAUCUGUGACCGGCUUCACCCAGACUCCCCGCUGUGUUCAACCAGGUGCCCUCGUCCUUCUAGAGACAGAAGAGAUGUGGCCCCGUCAGAGAAUGCUGCUAUAGUGACCCUUCCUCAUGCUGUCAUUCUGGUCCCAGAGGAGCAACAGGCUACCAAAGGCCCACAGAAGUGGAGAAACGGGGCGUGGGUGACGGCGGCCCUUGUCACUGGUGUGGCGCUGAGCCUCCUGGCUGCUGGGCUAGCGGGGGUCGCUUGCCUGAAAACUCAGAAGAAGAGAGCCGUCCCGGUAAACUGAAUAAAAUGAGAUGAAGUGA